AUGUAUUGUCAUUAUGUAUUUGAAGUCCGCAACAGACUGCACCGCAGUUCCUGCACUGAGAUAUACUACCAGUGCCAUCUGCAGUCCACAAACACAAACAUGCUGCUUGAAUUAUUGGUACAGAUUAUCAAUGAACCUUGCUUCAACAUUCUUCGUACCAAGGAGCAGCUUGGCUACUUCGUCUUUAGUGGAAUCCGGAGAUCCAAUGGAGUUCAGGGUCUUCGUGUCAUUGUGCAGUCAGAAAGACAUCCAAGUUAUGUGGACCAGAGAGUUGAAGCAUUUCUGGCAAAAAUGGAAGACUACAUUGUGGACAUGACCUCUGAAGAAUUUGAGAGGCACAAAGAAGCCCUUGCAGCACACCGUCUUGAGAAACCCAAGAAAUUGUCUGUUCUCUCUGCACGAUUCUGGUUAGAGAUAACAUCACAACAGUAUAACUUUGACAGGGCCAAUAUUGAAGUGGCUCAUCUUCGUGGUUUGCAAAAGGAGGACAUAUUGGACUUCUACAGGGAGCUGAUCCAUCAUAGUGCUCCGCGUCGGCAUAAACUGGCUGUCCACGUAGUGUCAAUGGCUGAAGGAGGUGCAGGACUGGAAGGAAAUGUCCAUGUUGCUUCAGAGAAUGAGGUGAUUGAUGGACUUGUUCCUCCUCCACCAUGCAAAGAGCCUACAAAAAUUGAAGACAUCACAGACUUCAAGAGCAGUCAGGGAAUGUUCCCACUGGUACAGCCUUACAUCAGCAUCAACACAAACAGCACAAAGUCAAAAUUGUAAUUCUAUGAAUGAGUCAGUAAUUGUUACCUUGGACAGCAAGACAGAGUUAUACCAUUGAUCUCUCUCUCUCUCUCUUUUUUUACUGUCCUACAGCAAA